AUGAGAUCAGUCGCACCCAGUAAGAGAGGAUACAUAAUGCCAGAAGUUAAAGUUCGUUUCCCUCCAGAAAUCACUCCAAUCAAUCUCAUUGAUAAAGCCGUCGCGAAGCUAGAGACCAGCGGAGAAACAUCGCGUAUUCCCAAUGCAUUUAUCGCUUACCGCAUAGCAUUUUGUAAAGAACUUCGUUUGAUUAAACAUCCAGUGAUAACACAACCACAACUUUCGGCGUUGGUCAAACAAUCAUGGCUCAAAGAAGAGGAACACGUACGACGAGAAUAUCGACGCAUCGCAAAAGAAGCCAAAGAUUUGUAUAUACAAAUUUGCCAUGAACGAAGUCCACUUUUCGUUACGAGUAAACGACAAAAUACUUUUUCAAUUGAUGGCAAAGAUGAUCCUUCUUCUAAUACGAACAAUAAUUCGAAUGCGUUCGAAUUUGUGUUUUCGAAUUCGAGUAACUUGAGUGACCUCAAUUUUAAAUCUUUAUUACCAUCAUCUUCACAUUCAUCUUCUUCAAAGCAACCUGUGACAAAAGGUCAAAAUAUCACUACUUCAAAUGCUGCAAACAUAUUCAAUACUGAUUCUCCAGUACUAAAAAAUGACAAUUAUGUUCCCUUAGACUUCAAAUUAGAUACUCAAUUCAUCGAUAAUCUUACACCGGAGAUAUCUUUAUUUUCUCCCAUUCUAUCCAUUCAAUCAGAUUUUCCUUUUAAUUUCGAUAAUAGUAAUAGUACUACUGCCAAUAAUAACGUAGAAUCUUCAGUAGCAAGUGACAAUAUUGUUUCUUCAAUCGGAUAUAAUAAAGACUAUAAAGAGAAAAUCGGGGUAUUAGAAAAUCGUGUUGUUGAAUUAGAGAAAAAACUUGAGUCAUUGACAAAAUUGAUUUCAGAUAGACUAGAUUAUAAUAUAAUAAUAGACUAG